ACAAUUGGUUGACGCAUUUAAUACAUUACCCAACACUGCAUUUCAUAUAUACGAUUUUGAGUGUUGUCACAGACUGACUUUUGGCAAUAAGUAAAUUUUUCAGAUGAUAGCAAUGGACGAGCAGCGCAGCGAUAAGAUCUAUGGCGGGUGUGAGGGGCCAGACGCCAUGUACGUCAAACUGAUUUCAUCAGACGGACACGAAUUUAUUGUAAAACGCGAACAUGCUCUCACCUCUGGCACAAUUAAGGCAAUGUUAUCUGGCCCAGGACAAUUCGCUGAAAACGAGGCUAAUGAAGUGCACUUUCGUGAGAUACCAUCGCACGUUUUACAAAAGGUUUGCAUGUACUUCACAUACAAAGUUCGAUAUACCAACAGUUCGACUGAAAUACCAGAAUUUCCGAUUGCACCAGAGAUUGCCUUAGAACUUUUAAUGGCAGCUAACUUUCUAGAUUGCUAAGUUAUUGGUUAACUUAAUAAUGUUAAAUAAAAUUUUUCAAAAUCAAUAAAA